AUGGCGUCUUUGAAGCUUGGUACAAAACCUGAAGCAUUUCAGCGUGAUGGCCUCACCUGGCAAUGCACAACAGGGCUUCCAAGCGAUGUCACCAUUAAGAUCGGAGAAAUGUCAUUCCAUUUACACAAGUUUCCGUUGCUGUCUAAAUGUGGACUACUGGCAAAGCAAUUUGGGGAAUUGCCUAGUGGUGAUGGAUCCAUACUGGAAUUACAACUUUCUGAUUUACCCGGUGGAGCUAAAGCAUUUGAGCUUAUAGCCAAGUUCUGCUACGGGGUCAAAAUUGAGCUUACUGCUGUAAAUAUAGUUAUUGUAAGGUGUGCAGCUGAAUACCUUCAAAUGAAUGAAGAUGUUGGAGAAGGAAAUCUUAUUAGCCAUACUGAUGCUUUUCUCAAUGAAAUAUUUGGAAAUUGGACAGACUCGCUUAAAGCUCUUGAGACCUGUGAAGAAGUUCUUCUGUAUGCAGAAAAGCUUCACAUAGUAAGAAGAUGCAUUAAUUCCCUGGCAAUGAAAGCAUGUGCUGAUUCACAGUUAUUUGAUCGGACUGGGUGCAAUGAUAGUAAUGAAACAGACUCCGAUAUAUUGUGGAGUGGAAUAUCAACUGCUACGAAGGCACAACAAAUGGGUGAACGGUGGUGGUAUGAGGAUGUGUCCUAUCUUGGGCUAGCUUUUUAUAAAAGGUUUAUCCAAGCGGUUGAAUCAGUAGGCAUGAAGCCUGAAAACAUUGCUCACUCUCUUGUGGUUUAUGCAAAAAGAUAUAUACCUUUAAUGAAUAGGCAUUCAAGCUUUAAGGGUGCAAAUAGUGCAAAAUCAGGAAAUAAUGUUUCAACACCUUCCGAGGCAGAUCAGAGGGCUCUCCUUGAAGAAAUCGUGGAGUUACUUCCCAGUCAGAAAGGAGGAGUGCAGACUAAGUUUUUGGUGAGGCUACUUCGCACCGCGAUGCUCUUACAAGCAAGUCCAACAUGCAGAGAAAAUCUAGAAAAAAGGGUGGGUGCACAGUUGGACCAAGCGUCUUUAGACGAUGUUCUAAUUCCAAAUUUGGGCUACUCAGUGGAGACUAUGUAUGACAUUGACUGUUUUCAAAGAAUUCUGGAUUACUUUUUGUCAACAGAGCAGAUUUCUUCCAUGGCAUAUUCUCCAAGUAUAGUUGAGGAGAAUCAGUUAGCUGAAAGUUCUGAUUCACUGAUGGCAAUUACAGUGGUAGCUAAUCUGGUGGAUGCUUAUCUUGCUGAUGUGGCACCAGAUGUUAAUUUGAAAUUUCCAAAGUUUCAGUCUCUCGGUGCUUCAGUCCCUGAUUAUGCCAGACCACUGUCCGAUGGCAUGUACCGCGCCGUUGACAUAUAUCUGAAGGCGCAUCCUUGGCUCACAGACAUGGAGCGAGAGCAAAUAUGCAGGCUCAUGAAUUGCCAAAAGCUUUCACUGGAAGCAAGCACCCAUGCAGCACAAAACGAAAGGUUACCUCUCCGUGUCAUUGUGCAGGUUCUGUUUUUCGAACAACUUCGGCUACGUACAUCAAUUUCUGGGUGGUUUUAUGUAUCCGACAAUCUUGAGAACUUGCAAGCACCACCACUCUCCAAAAAUGAUGGUUCCCGCCAAGUGGGAGCUGGUGGUGUGGAUGAUAUGAAAGAACGCGUUAUGGAGAUUGAGAAGGACUGUCGGGAUAUGAAGGAGGAGCUUCGGAGGCUGGUGAAAAAGAAACGAAGAUGGAGCUUUUUUGGCAUAUGGAGAUCGCAGAAGUGUAGGAACCUCUAA